UUCGCAGUGGAGACACAGGAAGUUCUACCAAGAUGUCAAACGCGGUGGUUAUUUAACAGAGCGCCUUUCGGAUCGAAUUUGGAGGAGGAGAAGAGAUUCGAACCUCCAAUUCCUUCAGCAUCGGCAGCGCCGGUGGGAAGCAAUUCGGCGUCGCGCCGCUGGGUGGGGAUGUUGUCCACGGAGCGGCAGGUCCCUGUGGCCGCAGCGCGCUUUCAGGCGCAGGCGCGCAGAAGAGCCGUGCGAGCCGCUCGGGAAGGGCGGCGGGGCACGGAGCCGGGCGCUCGGGGGCUUGGGGGCCGAGGCGCUGUGAAAGUGCGGCGGCUUGGGGUCGGCGAGCGGCAGCGCGGCGCGUCGGGGCCGGCGAGCAAGGCGGCGGGCAUGGAGGGCGCCGGGAAAGGCCGGCCGUGGCGGAGAGGGACGGCGAGCGGGAGCCGGAGCGGCGGCGGCGGCCAGAGGCGAGUGGUGCUGUGGCUCGUGUGCGUUUGCGUGUGGGAGAGCGGGGCCGAAACGCUGCGCUAUUCCGUGUGGGAGGAAAUGGCGAGGGACUCGUGGGUGGGCAACGUCGCCCGGGACCUGGGGCUUUCUCCGAGCCAGCUGGCGGCUCGCAAGGCGCGCGUGGUGUCCGAGGGGAGCGAGCAGCAUUUCCGCCUCGAUCCGCACAGCGGCGUCCUGACGGUCACGGAGACGCUGGACCGAGAGCGGAUCUGUCCGCACAGCGAGAGCUGCGCGCUCUUCUUUAAGCUGUUCUUUGAGAACCCGGUGCAGCUGAUCCGCGGGGAGGUGGAGCUUCGCGACGUGAACGACAACUCCCCCGUGUUCCCGCAGAAGGAGGUGGUUCUGGAGAUACCCGAAACGGCAUCUCUUGGGUCUCGUUUCCCAUUAGAAGCACCGCAGGAUAUGGACGUGGGCAUUAACGGUUUGCAGAAUUACAGUCUAUCCCCGAACUCGCAUUUCUCUCUCGCUCUCGAAAAAGGAGAAGAUGGAGACAGAUACGCGGAACUCGUCCUUGAGAGACCAUUGGAUCGCGAGGAGCAGCGGGAGCUGCAUUUGGUGCUCACGGCCACGGACGGGGGCUCGCCGCCCAGGUCGGGCACGGCUGAGGUGCGGGUGGUGGUGUUGGAUGCCAACGACAACAUGCCAGUGUUUUCGCGGGAGGUGUACGAGGUGCGCGUGGCCGAGAACAGCCCCCCGGGGCAGCUGGUGGUGCGGGUGUCGGCCGCGGAUCCCGACGAAGGAACCAACGGCAAAGUGCGGUACGAAUUCACCUCGGAGAAGUCCAACCAGUUUUUUGAUUUGGACGCUGAUACAGGGGAGAUCCGGGUAUCGAGAAACCUGGAUUUUGAAGAAGCAAAUACUCACAAGCUGGUGGUGAGAGCCACGGACGGCGGCGGUCUGUCUGCGCACUGCAAAGUGCACGUGGAGGUGCUGGACGAGAACGACAACGCGCCGGAGAUCGAGCUGAGCUCGGUGAGCGCGUCCAUCCCCGAGGACGCCCCGCCGCGCACCGUGGUGGCCCUGCUGAGCGUGCGGGACCGCGACUCCGGCGACAACGGGCGGACGGAGUGCGCCGUCGAGGGCGACGUGCCGUUCAGCCUGACGGCCGCGUUCGCCGACCACUACGAGCUGCGCACCAGCGCGGCCCUGGACAGGGAGACGGCGGCCGAGUACAACGUGAGCAUCGUGGCGACGGACCGGGGCCGGGCGCGGCUGAGCGCUCGCGAGAGCGUGCGGGUGCGGGUCGGCGACGUGAACGACAACGCGCCUCGCUUCACGCAGGCGGCGUACAGCAUGUGGGUGAGCGAGAACGAGGCGGGCGCGGUGCGGAUCGGCAGCGUGAAGGCGACGGACGCGGACGCGGGCGCGAACGGGCGCGUGAGGUACGCGCUGGUGCGGGAGGAGGGCGAGGAGCGGCCCGCCGUGUCGGUGGACGCCGAGAGCGGGGCCGUGUCCGUGGUGCGGCCGCUGGACUACGAGCAGGUGCGCGCCGUGGAGGUGACGGUGGUCGCCGCCGACGGGGGCUCGCCGCCGCGGAGCGCCACGGCGCUGGUGCGGGUGCUGGUGCGGGACGAGAACGACAACGCGCCCGUGGUGCUGCACCCGCCGGCCGACGGCGGCGCGGCGCUGGGCGAGCUGGUGCCGCGGCGGGCGCGGGCGGGCUACCUGGUGGCCAAGGUGGUGGCGGUGGACGCGGACGCGGGGCAGAACGCGUGGCUGUGCUACGAGCUGGCCAAGGCGACGGAGCCGGGGCUGUUCCGCGUGGGGCUGCACAGCGGCGAGGUGCGCACGGCGCGGGCCGUGGGCGAGCGCGACGCGGCCCGGCACAGGCUGGUGGUGCUGGUGCGGGACCGCGGGCAGCCGCCGCGCUCCGCCAGCGCCACGCUGGCCGUCGCCCUGGCCGACGGCUUCUCCGAAGGCCGCCUGCGGGCGAGCGAAGAGGCGCCGGCCGCCGAGCCCGACGGCCGCCUCACCCUGUACCUCAGCGUCUGCUUGGCCUGCGUGUCCGCGCUCUUCGUGGCCGGCGCGGCGGCCGCCGUGGCCGCCCACGUGCGGCGGGCCCGGCGGGGCGAGCCGGGGACCUUGCCCGCCUUCCCGCGCUCCGCCGCCGACAGCGGCGCCGGCUCCCUGCCCCGCAGCUACGUCUACGACGUCCGCCUCGCCGCCGGCACCGUCGACAGCGAGUUCCGCUUCCUCGGGCCGCUCUUGCCCUGCUUCCCCGCCGGGCUGCCGCACGGCGCGGCCGAGCGGCGGAGCUCGCUGUGCUCGGCCGGCCUCGGCCAAGAAGAAGGCGACUGGGCCGUGCAGGGCCAAUCUCCUUUCUCUGAAGACACAGCUCCCAGGCCAGUAGAAGAGAACGCUUCUUUGGGUCAGAGUCCUUGGCUCACCCAUCAGUAAUCGAGGAGAAAGAAAAUCAUCUCAGUCUUCAUGGGUUAGCGUUCUCACUGGGAAAGGAGAGCAUCAAAAGUAUUCCAGGGAGGUUCAAGAGUUCUCUGGUUUAGUGCAAGGACACUCUCCCGUUAACUUCUACUUUAUUCAGGAGGACUGUGUUGCAUGCUGGUUACAUUAGGAUUUCAUGUCUUAUUGGCACAUCUCUAUUGCUCUUGAAUCUAAGAAAAAGAAGUUCGUCUUCAAGGUAACUUUAUACUACAUCAGCUUUCUUGUAUGCUUUGUUGUUGUCAAGUGAAUCCUGUAAAAUGAUUAAAUUUUCUGUAAUCUACUCAAUAGCAUAUACAGCCAUUAGCCAAAAAUUAAAUGAUGCUUGUAAGGGAAUUCUUUAGUAACAAGCAGAAUGUCCUACACUGGAAAUAACUGACAUUGGCAUACGGUAUAUUCUACCAUACGUUUUCAAAUUCUCCAAGCUGCAAAGUGUGGUCUUUGAAUGCUGUGUUCUUGUGUUUGUUUUAUUUUAUUUUAUUUUAUUUUUUCAUUCACAAUAAGAAGCUGCAAUAAAUGGUUAUUGAGCAUUAUUGAGUAUAAAUUGGUGGAUAAGAAAUUGCUUGGAAGGUCGCAGCCAAAGAGUUGUUGCAAGUGGUUUUACUUCCGGGGGAGGCCAGUGAGGGGAAGUGUCCCCACAUGUCUGUCUGGGGACUGAUACUCCUUGAUGUCUUUAUCAUUGACACAGAUGGUGGGAUUGAGUGCAUCCUCAGCAAGUUUGACACCAAGCUGAGUGGUGUAACUGAUACAACAGAAGGAAUGGAUGUCAUCUGAAGAGACCUUGACAAACUCAAAUGUGGGCCCGUAUAACCUUCAUCAGGUUCAACUCAAGCAAAUGCAAGGUGUUGCACUUGGGUUGGGACAAUCCCAGAUAUGUAUACUGAGAGACUGAGAGAAGAACUCCUUUAGAGUAGCACUGCCAAGAAGGACUUAAGGGGUCCUGGUGGAUGGUAUACAUAACUUGAGCCACCAGUGCACACCUACAGCCCAGAAGGCUGAUGGUAUCCUGGGCUGCAUCAACAGAGGAGCUGCCAGCACAGUGAGGGAAAUGGCCAUUCCUCUUGGCUCUGCCCUUGUGAGGCCCUAUCUGGCACUCUGAUCUGGGGCCCAGCACAGCACAGCAAAGAUGUGGAGCUUUUGGAGAGAGUCCAGAGGAGAUCCACCAGGAUGGUCAGAGAGCUGGAGCACCUCUCUCCCACAAAGAGAGGCUGAGAACUUCUUUGGUUAGGGGAAGAGUAGUUUCCAGUAUUUAAAGGGAGAUAAUACAGAAAGAGAAAUCAACCCUUUACACAGGAAGAUAGUGAUAGAACAAGAGGGAAUGGUUUUAGACUGAAGAAGGGGAGAUUUAGAUGAGAUGUCAGGGGGAAGCUUUUCACUGAGAGAGCAGGGAGGUGCUGGCACAGGCUGCCCAGAGAGGUUGUGGAUACCCCCAUCCCUGGGGGCGGUCAAGGCCAGGCUUGGGGCCCUGGGCAAUCUGAUCUAGUGCUUGAUCUGACGGUUGGCAACUCUGCCCAGCUGUGGGGUUGGAACUACAUGAUCUUUGUGGUCCCUUCCAACCCAAGCCAUGCUGUGAAAAAUCAGAGAAUUAAAGAUACUAUUUGUGGGUGUUUUUUUGUGGUUUUUGUUUGUUUGUUUGUUUGUUUUUUACCAUACAAUGGGCUGAGACCUUUACAAAAAUUUAAGGAGCUGUAGAAUAUAGGAAGUCAAGGAGCAUUCUGUUCCCCUUUUAUCAAAUGGCUUUGAAAUAUAAAUUUAUGUGAUCUUUCAUGUUACACGUUUUCAAGAGUGAAAUACCUAAUUAAAAAGUAGUAAAAGCUACUUGGAAAUCCCUCAGGUGAGUGUUUUGACUUCUCAUAGUCAUCACCAAGGAAAUGUUGCCGGAGGAGAUAAAUUGGAGCAUUUGGAGUGGAUUUUAUUCAGGGAAAAUCGAAGGACCUUGGUGGGAGACUUCGCAGGAGGCAGGAGAAGGCUUGUUUAAAUUGUGCUGAGAUUGGAGAGACAAGAGAGAUGCCGCCCUGAACCCCUUUGUGAGAGCUUCUGGCCUGACAGAUGGUGAACCAGGGGAGCAACCUCAGUCUAUUUCAGAAACCUGCUCUUCUCGGGGCUGCAAGAAUGCUGUCGACUCAGAGCUGCAAAAAGUUUAGCUGGGGGUAGACAGGAGUUGGACUUGAUGUUUCUUAUGGGUUCCUUCCAACUCAGGAUAUUCUAUGGUUCUAUGAAAUGGAGAUGAAGAAGAGUGUGGAAUCACUCUUAGAAAGAUGGUGGCUGUGAUCCUGCUGCUCUGCUUUCAGAGGGGGGAGCAGACACCUCUGGUACUCUGUACCCAGAAAAGCAGAGAGAAGUUCCUUUGUGGUGAAUACUUCCAGCUGAGCCUGCAUGCUGCCAUCCUAGGGCAGAUUGAUUGGGUGGAGCUGUGUGGGCAGACCAAGCCCUGCCUGGUGCAUUUCGAGGUGCUGCUGGAGGGUUCACUGCUGUCCUUCCAAGCUGAGAUAAGCCUCACACAAAUUAAUGAUCACGCUCCCGUGUUCUUAAACGAAGAAGUUUAAAAAAAUCCAGAAAUUGGCAAUGUUGGAAGACUCAAAUUUUUUCUGGAAAGUUCUCAGGAUCCAGAUGCAGGAAAAACAAGUGUUCAGCAUUACAGCAUCAGCUUGAACCACUGUUUCCACAUCUACACCUGCAGGCGGAGUAACGGCAGAAGACACAGUGAGCUGGUGUUGGACAGAGCUCUGGAUCAGGAAGAGCAGAAGUGGUUUUCAGCAUCAUGGCUGUGGAUGGUGGGUAUCCACCAUGCUCUGGCACAGCCUUAAUCCACAUGGUAGUUCUGGAUAUAAAUGACAACAUUCCAGCAUUUACCCAGACCUCUAUGAAGUCCAAAUAUUUGAAAAUAGCUCCUAGGAUACCCUAGUGCUGAUGUCAGCUGAAGGUUUAGACUCAAGAAUGGAUGAAGAAACAGCCAAUAGUACAAAAUUCAGAGGGUAAUUGUUUUAAUGUUUGAAGUAAAUACAGAGAUGAGGCAGAUUAGACCCCAAAUGCCAUUGGAUUAUGAAGAAACGAAGACACGUGAGAUACACAUCCAGGCCGCUGACUGUCCAUACACUGCAAGGUAGAGGUGUGGGUGGAGGAUGUGGAUGACAGUGUCCCUAGGUGGCAAUAACCUUCCACACCAACACCCUCUCCAAGUUUACUCUGCUGAACACAGUGGUGGUGUUCUUCAGCAUGCAGGACCAGGACUUGGGGCACAAUGGCAGGACAAGAUGUGAACUGCUGGAUGAGCAUUUCAGCACUUCAGCAUUUCACUGCUGGCCAGUGAAGCAUAUGUGCUGGUGACAUUGGAAGCACUGGACCAGGAGGAGGUGUCAAAGUACAACAUGACAGUGUGGGCCAGCCACAUGGCUUCUCCCACACUCCCAGCAUUGAAGAUACUGCUGUUGUGGCUCUUGGACAUUAAUGACAACGUGUACACUUUCUCUCAGACUGUUUACACCAUAGUGUUAAGCAAAGACAAUCCUGUGGGGAAGAUCCUGGACUAUCUUAAUGCUAUGGACAGGAGCAUGGUUGAGAACACCCAUGUGAAGUACAUACUGGAGACAAAACCACCAGCAGCCACUGAUGUGAACACUUCCUGUGGGUGGAUGCCAAGAGUGGCACUGCAUGAAAGUUGUGUCCUCUGGACUAUGAGGAGGCAUGCACCUCUGAAGUGACCAUACGUGCUUCUGACAGGGGCUUGCCACUACUGAGCAUCUCAGUGCUGCAGUGCUUGAUGGAGUGGAACAAGAAUGACAACGUGGCCACUCUGCUGCAACCAUUGCCUGACAGCAGUGCAGUGAUGGGCAAUCGUGAGCUGUGGCAGGUGUGGGUGGGCUACCUGGUGUCCAAGAUGGUGGUGGUGGACAAGGAUACACAGCAGAAUGCAUGGCUGUUCUAUGAACUGUUCUUCCUCCACUCCAUCAAUGCUGUUUCGGGAUCCAAGCUCUUCAAGGAUCACCUUUGCCUAAGGCUUCAAUGCUCUGCUACUUUUAACCUGUUGGCAAAUUCAUUAGUGGAUGGAUGGCAUGGAUCCAUUAGUCCAUGGAUCGUAUGGACCUCUGUGGCCACACUAUGAAGUGUGUUUGAUAAGUGAUUUAAGGCAGAGAUUCCUGUGACCCAUCCUCCCAAGCACAUCAAGCAUAUGGAGCCUGCAGUAUGUGGGGCAGAUGGAAGCCUGGAGUGGGAGAAGAGCAGAUCCUGAUGUUCUGGC